UCUCUCGUCCUCUUAAACCCGAGAGCUCCUCUUUCUCUCUCCGCCCCACUUUCUCUCUCCUCGCCAUGUCUCAGCCCAUGUCCUCGGAUCACGACCACCACGACUCCGACCCGGUCCCGACCCGACUCUACAACCCCUACCAGGAUCUCCAGGUCCCAAUUGAGAAUCUCUACAAGCUCCCAACCUCGCCGGAGUUCCUCUUCGUCGAGGAGGCCCGCCGCCAGCGCCGCUCCUGGGGCGAGAAUCUCACCUUCUACACCGGCUGCACCUACCUCGCCGGCGCCAUCUCCGGCGGAUCCGUCGGCCUCGUCUCCGGCGUCCGCUCCUUCGAGGCCGGCGACACCACCAAGCUCCGGAUCAACCGGAUCCUCAACUCCUCGGGUCACACCGGCCGGGUCUGGGCCAACCGCCUCGGCGUGAUCGGGUUGCUCUACGCCGGUAUGGAGAGCGGCGUUCAGGCGCUGAGGGAUACCGAUGAUGUGUGGAACGGCGUCGCGGCGGGGCUCGGCACCGGCGCUGUGUACCGUGCGGCGAGGGGAGUGAGGUCGGCGGCGGUGGCCGGCGCGGUUGGAGGAGCUCUAGCUGGAUUGGCGGUUGGGGCGAAGCAGGCGUUGAAGCGAUACGUUCCGAUAUGAGAAGAGGGUUUGAUGUGAGUGAUGGUAUGGCUUGUUCUGUUCAGUUUCGAGUUUCGAACAAUUUUGAUAGCACCAUUAGGCAUCUGGAAUUGAUAAAAAUGUUUACUUUGGCAAUGCAUGGCAUUGCUAUGCUUGGAAUUUAAACUUUAAAUGAAAUUAUUGAUUUACAAGUAGUUUGAGCAUGGGAGGCACAUGCAAUUGUAGUUUAUUUUUCUUUUUUUUGUUAGAUUUUUGGUGUAAUCUGUCGAAUUGUCCCAGUAACGAAUAAUUUCUGGU